AAGUACACUGUAGCUGUCUUCAGAUACACCAGAAGAUGGCAUCAGAUCUCGUUACAGAUGGUUGUGAGCCACCAUGUGGUUCCUGGAAAUUGAACUCGGGAUCUCUAGAAGAGAAGUCAGUGCUCUUAACCGCUGAGCCAUCUCUCCAGCCCUAUUUUCUGGGUUUUUGAUUGUUUGGUUUGGCUUUUCAAGAGAGGGUUCUCAGUGUAGUCUUGGCUAGAACUAGCUCUGUGGACCAGGCUGGCCUCGAAUUCAAAGAGAUCCGCCUGCCUCUGCCUCCAGAGCGCUGGGAUGAAAGGCAUGUGCCACUACUGAUGUUAGGUUUUUAGUUAGUUACCGUUUUUGUCUCCUGUAACCCAGGCUGGCCCCAGACUAGCUGUGGAGUCAUGGAUGAUCUUGAUUGUUCUUCCAGUCUCUGCCUCCCAAGUACUGUCAUUCCAGAUGUGUGCGCUUGUACCAGGUUUUCUAAAGAUGGUGCUGGCUUAGCCCAGGUUUUUGAGCAUGCUAAUGCAGAUAAACUCUUGUCAAUUGGGAUCAAAGGUGUUUGCCACCACCACCUUCAUGUAUAGGCUUUUAUUUAGAAUUUUUAAAAAAUAUUUAUUUUAUAUUUAUUUUAGGUAUAUGAAACACUGUAGUUGUCCUCAGUCAGACGCACCAGAAGAGGGCAUUGGAUCUCAUUACAGAUGGUUGUGAGCCACCAUGUGGUUGCUGGGAAUUGAACUCAGAACCUCUGGAAGAGCAGUCAGUGUUCUUAACCUCUGAGCCAUCUCUCCAGCCCUUUAGAUGUAUUUUUAAAGACACAUUUUAAUUUAUCUUGGUGUCUUAGCUUGUCUUUUUUGUUGCUGUGAUAAAAUGCUCUUGACAAAAACAUCUAAAGGAACAAACAAUUUCAGUCCGUCGUGGUAGGGAAAUCACAGCAGCAAGAACUUGAAGCUUGGGGCUGGAAAGAUGGCUCAGUGAGUAUGUACUGCCCUUGCUGAAGACCAAAGCUUAGUUCCUAGCACCCACACCUUUUGUCGAAAAAACAAAAAUGGAUAGUGAAUCUGGAGACUGCUUAGUGGCUAAAGGCAAUUGGAGCACUAAGUGCAUUUGGUACAAACGUACAUAUGCAUAAAUGCAUAUUUUAAAAAUAUGGACAGUGGUCCCUGAACUUUUUUUCUUUCAUGUUUCUGUACACACCCCGUCAUCCUCCACCUCUCCUAGACUAGUACCCGGCCCCCAUUUAUGAGUUACUGAGUCUCCUAUCAAACUUUUCAGCCCAAGUUCCUUGUCGAACUUCCUCGCUGGUGCCGGUAGGUGGCGAGAGAUCUCCUGGUAGGGCGCUCUGUCAGGCAUGCACACCUCUGUGGUGCCAGACUGCAAGCACUGCCGCCGCACUUCCGGGCGCGAAUCCAGGAUGCAGAAGAUCUCUGUGCUCCUCUUCUUAGCCUGGGUCUGUUUUCUUUUUUACGCUGGCAUUGCACUCUUCACCAGUGGCUUCCUUCUCACCCGUUUGGAACUCACCAAUCAAAGCAGCUGCCAAGAGCCCCCAGGCCCCGGUUCCCUGCCUUGGGGAAGCCAAGGAAAGCCUGGGGCUUGCUGGAUGCCUUCCCGGUUCUCCAGGGUUGUUUUGGUGCUGAUAGAUGCUCUGCGAUUUGACUUUGCCCAGCCUCAGUGCUCACAUGUGCCUGGGGAACCUCCCGUCUCCGUGCCUUUCCUGGGAAAAUUAGGUUCCUUGAAGAGGAUCCUAGAGGUUCAGCCCCACCAUGCUCGACUGUACCAAUCUCAGGUGGAUCCCCCCACAACCACCAUGCAGCGUCUGAAGGCUCUCACCACUGGCUCGCUGCCGACUUUUAUUGAUGCCGGCAGUAACUUCGCCAGCCAUGCUAUUGUGGAAGAUAAUCUCAUCAAGCAGCUCACCAGUGCAGGAAAGCGUGUAGUCUUCAUGGGAGAUGAUACCUGGAAAGACCUUUUCCCUGGAGCAUUUUCCCAAGCUUUCUUCUUCUCAUCCUUCAAUGUCAGAGACCUACACACAGUGGAUAAUGGCAUCUUAGAGCACCUCUAUCCUACCAUGGACAGCGGCGCCUGGGAUGUGCUGAUUGCUCACUUCCUGGGUGUGGAUCAUUGUGGUCAUAAGCAUGGCCCUCACCACCCUGAAAUGGCCAAGAAACUUAGCCAGAUGGACCAGGUGAUACAGGGUCUGAUAGAACGCCUGGAGAAUGACACACUGUUGGUGGUAGCUGGUGACCAUGGGAUGACCAUGAAUGGGGAUCAUGGAGGGGACAGUGAGCUGGAGGUGUCAGCUGCACUUUUCCUGUACAGCCCCACAGUCCUCUUCCCUAGUGUCCCACCCGAGGAGCCCGAGGUUAUUCCUCAGAUCAGCCUUGUACCCACCCUGGCACUGCUGCUAGGCCUGCCCAUCCCGUUUGGGAACAUUGGGGAAGUGAUGGCUGAGCUAUUCUCAGGUGGCAGUGGUGGCGGCAGCAGCCGUGGGGAUGGGGACGCCUCCCACCCUGAUUCCCCUGCUCUAGCUCAAGUCUCGGCUCUCUACAUCAAUGCCCAGCAGGUGUCCCGGUUUCUUCAUACCUACUCAGCUGCGACUCAGGAUCUCCACGUUAAAGAGCUUCGUCGGCUGCAGGAGCUCUUCUCCAAGGCCUCUGCGCGUUACCAGCACCUUCUGCAGCAUCCCCGAGAGGCCGAGGCAGCGCUGAGCUCGUUGACUGCUGACUUCCAGCAGUUCCUGCGGGGAGCUCGGGCUGUAUGCAUCGAGUCUUGGGCCCGCUUCUCUCUGGUCCGAAUGGCAGGGGGUGCUGCCCUCUUGGCUGCCGCCUGCCUUCUUUGCCUGCUUGCAUCCCAGUUGGCAGUAGCCCCAGGUUUUCUCUUCCGUCCACUACUGCUAAUACCUGUAGCCUGGGGCCUAACUUGGACCCUACUGUAUGCUGGAGUCUCUGUAACUACUGGAUCAAAGCUAGACCCAGUGGUUCUGGGGGCUGUGGCUGCAGCCGGUUCACUCCUUCCUUUUCUGUGGAAAGCUUGGCUUAGCUGGGGUUCUAAGAGGCCCCUGGCUCCCCUACUUCCGGUUCCCAGACCUGUCCUAGCCCUACUACUCAUCCGAUUGGCCACCUUCUUCUCUGAUAGCUUCGUUGUUGCUGAGGCCAGGGCCACCCCCUUCCUUCUGGGCUCUCUCAUUCUCUUCCUGGUUGCUCAGCUUCACUGGGAGGGUCAGCUACUACCACCCAAACUGCUCACAACAUCCCGCCUUGGCUCUUCUGCCCCAACAGCCCCACCACGGCACAGUGGCACCCAUGCCCUGCUGCUUGGAAUUGGGCUGCUUUUAUUUACAAGGCUAGCUGGGCUUUUUCACCGCUGCCCCGAAGAGACACCUGCUUGCCGCUCCUCUCCCUGGCUGAGUCCUCUGGCAUCUAUGGUGGGAGGUCGAGCCAAGAAUUUGUGGUACGGAGCUUGUGUGGGUGCGCUGGUGGCCCUGUUAGCUGCUGUGAGAUUGUGGCUUCGCCGCUAUGGUAAUCUCAAGAGUCCUGAGCCCCCUGUGCUCUUUGUGCGCUGGGGGUUGCCUCUCAUGGUACUGGGCACGGCUGCCUACUGGGCAUUGGCCUCAGGAGCAGAGGAAGUACCACCGCGCCUCCGGGCCCUGGUUGCCGGGGCAUCCGCUGUGCUGCCUCGGGCUGUGAUGGGGCUGGCUGCCUCGGGGCUCAUGCUGCUGCUAUGGAGACCUGUGACAGUGCUGGUGAAGGCUGGGGCCGCUACUUCAAGGACCAGGACUAUCCUCACUCCCUUCUCAGGUCCCCCUACUUCUCAGGCUGACCUAGAUUACGUGGUCCCACAAAUCUACCGCCACAUGCAGGAGGAGUUCCAGGGCCGGCUCGAGAGGACUAGAGCUCAGGGCCCCAUAACCGUGGCUGCAUACCAGUUAGGAAGUGUCUACUCAGCUGCUAUGGUCACAGCCCUCAUCCUCUUGGCCUUCCCACUUCUGCUGUUGCACGUAGAGCGCGUCAGCCUCGUGUUCCUGCUGCUGUUUCUGCAGAGUUUCCUUCUCCUGCAUCUGCUUGCUGCUGGGACACCAGUCGCCACUCCAGGUCCUUUUACUGUGAUGUGGCAGGCAGUCUCGGCUUGGGUCCUUUUGGCUACCCAGACCUUCUACUCUACAGGCCACCAGCCUGUCUUUUCAGCCAUCCAUUGGCAUGCGGCCUUCGUGGGCUUCCCAGAUGGUCACGGCUCUUCCACUUGGUUGCCUGCCUUGCUGGUGGGAGCUAACACCUUUGCCUCCCACCUCCUCUUUGCAGCCCUGUCCUCCCCGGAGGCAGUAGGUUGCCCACUGCUCCUGCUCUGGCCUUUCCUGUGUGAGCGUCAAGGGCCAAAGAAGAGGCAGUCACUCCCAGGAAGUGAGUCCGAGGCCAGAGUCAGACCUGAGGAGGAGCAAGAGGAGCCACUGAUGGAGAUGCGCCUCCGGGAUGCCCCUCAUCACUUCAAUGCUGCCCUGUUGCAGCUGGGCCUCAAGUACCUCUUUGUCCUUGGAGCACAGAUUCUAGCCUGUGCCUUGGCAGCUUCCAUCCUCCGCAGGCAUCUCAUGGUCUGGAAGGUGUUUGCUCCCAAGUUUAUUUUUGAAGCCAUAGGUUUCAUCGUGAGCAGUGUGGGACUUCUCCUGGGCAUAGCGUUGGUGAUGCGAGUGGAUGGUGCUGUGAGUUCCUGGUUCAAAAAACUAGUUCUGGCACAGCAGAGGUAGCCCAGGCUGUGCAUGUUGGCACCUGGCCAUGGAGAGAGCUGGGGACUAAUCCAGCCUGACCUGUACUGGUGCUGGAUAUAUUCUACAGGCAACUGACACAGCUCUUAAACCACGCUGUAACCAGAGACUGCUCAACUCUGGGACUUUAUUAUUUUAUAACUGAGAAUCACCUGGAGCCUGAGCCCUAGCUCCUGAGUUGGAUGCAUCUGACGGAAAACAGGGGCAGUCACCAAAGUGGAAUAAAAGAACAAUGUGAAUGUU